AUGUCUGCACACCAACCCACGAGCGCAUCUUCCAUCAGAGAGAUCCGAACAGUGGUGUCGCUUGACCCACACGGUGCGCCCCUGUCGCAGAAAGGGGUACAUACGAGAUGGCAUCCGGAGAUCCCAGCCGUUGCGUGUGUGAAGCCGGGUGAGCCGUUCAAGGUGGAAUGUAUGGACUUCACGGGCAAUUCUGUCAGCAGGAGCGAUUCGGCCGACGAUAUCCUAGAGAUCUGCUGGGAGAGAGACCACCACCUAUCUGGUCCAAUCAGAGUCGAAGAGGCGAAGCCAGGAGACGUACUAUGUGUGGACAUUCUGGAAGUCCAGCCCUUUCCUGAUCGGCUUUGGGGCUUCUCGCUCAUCGACCCUGGUUUAGGUCCGCUUGACCGCCCUCACACCAGAGUGGCGAAGACUAUCUGGGACUUCGAGGGUGUCUUGGCCUCGUCCAGGCAUAUCAAGGAUGUUGCAUUUUGCGGACGCCCGCAUAGUGGUGUCAUUGGGACUGCUCCUUCCGCAGAGCUGUUGCAACGCUGGGCGGAGAGGGAGGGCGAUCUAAACCAGAGAUACAGCUGCCAUGGGGUGACAUGCGCGCAAAUGCCUACCGAAGAAGGCGCCUACGUCGGUCAGGACUUGCCAGCUGAUGUUUUGCAGAAAAUCAAGUCAGAGGGAGCAAGAACUAAGCCUGCGCGUGAGCACGGCGGGAACAUAGACUCAGCGAGCCUGACUCGAGGCUCGCGGAUCUUUUUGCCCGUCUACGUUGACGGAGCAAACCUGUCCACGGGCGAUCUCCACUUCUUCCAGGGAGACGGCGAGCCGACCUGCGCGAUCGAGAUGGCUGGUAUCGUCACCAUGAAGUGCUCGAUAUUGCCCAGAGGCAUGGAGGAGCUAGGGUUUAAAUGUCCGGUAGUCAUUCCCAGCCCAGCCGAACCGCUUUACCGUCAGCAAGUGGAAUUUCAUGGCCUUUCGAUUGAUGCUGCCGGCAACCAGCACAGGAGCGGCCUCACCACGGCGUACGUCCAGGCAGCGUCUAAUGCGAUGGAGUACCUCGAGAAAUUUGGGUACUCACAUGAGCAGGCCUACACGCUCCUCGCCACAGCCCCGAUCGAGAGCCGCAUCUUAGCCGUUCCGAACAUCCCGACAGCGAACGUCUCUGUCGGCGUGCCAUUGCACAUCUUUGAUUUCGAUAUCCAGCCCACCGCCAGUGAGCCUAGCGCAAGAGACCGAGGCUCGGUGGCGUACCUGGGAAAAGAAAGGGAACGGCGGUUCCUCGCCGAGCGCAAACCGAAGCGCUCGCCGUUCGAAAGACCGCAAUAG